AUGAAGUGUCUCGUCUUUCUUGUUGUUGCAGUCGUGGUGGUUGCCCUGUCCCUCGUGAUCGACCGUCCAGAGAACUGGGUGUUGGACCCAAAAACACUUCAGGUCAUCGCCAAUAGUGGCAUUGAGGCAGCCCACGCCAAACACGGCGUUAACGUCACAGCGGAACAAGUUGUUGAGAGUGUCAUUCAAGAGGUCAUAAAAACGUACCCACUCCAUACCUCGUACUCCGGCAGGUGGUUGUGGAACAACGCCGGUGGAGCGAUGGGCUCCAUGACGGUGCUGCAUUCCUCGUUCUCAGAGUAUCUUAUUAUCUUUGGUACCUCCCUCGGCACAGAGGGUCACACCGGUCGUUAUCACUGGGCGGAGGACUUUUUUACAAUUCUUUAUGGGGAGCAAUGGGCAUCGUUGCCACGCGUGGCGGAGGCGGAGGUGUACAAACCAGGUGACCAGCACUAUCUCCCCAGGCAUACAGCCAAGCAGUAUCGAAUGCCGAAUGCAUGUUGGGCCUUGGAGUAUGCACGAGGCAACAUUCCCUCCAUGCUCUUCUUCGGUCUUGCGGAUGGCUUCACCUCGACACUCGACGUCGUGACGCUCUUCCACACCAUCCGUGAAAGCGCAUGGAAUAUGCUUCACAGCGCCUUCCUUGGCAAAAUUUAG